CGUGACCAACAGCGCCCCCUGUCGGCGUCCUCCCGAAAAUGAAGGCGUCCGGACGUCCCGACGCCGAGCUGCGGUUCGGUUCAGAGCCGGUUCGUUUCUGUCAGCGGGUCUGCCGCAGUCUGGUCGACGCCUCGCGGGUGUUCUGGACGUUUCUGUGGACUGUCUCAGCUCAUUAAGCGGCAGAAGACUGGGCACGCGCUCCUGUGCGCGAGUCACAACACGGCUGUGCGGCAGUGGACGCACAGGCGGGGUUACGGCACAGUCAGGGAGCCGCUCGCUCAAGUCUGGACGCUUUCUGACUCUGUCAGGGGAAAAGGUGAAAGAUGCCAAGUCACGAGAUGACCGACGUCGGGGUGAAUGGCACCCCCAAACACAAGUCUAAGAUCGCGCGGCAGCAGCUGCACGGCGCCACCGUCAGCUUCCACAACAUCCACUACAAAGUGAGGACGGGAGGAGGCUGUCUCUGCUGGAAGAAAGGCCCCAGUAAAGACAUCCUGAUCGACCUGAAUGGGAUGAUGAAGCCGGGUCUGAAUGCCAUCAUGGGAGCAACAGGAAGUGGGAAGUCAUCGUUUCUGGACGUCUUGGCCGCUAGGAAAGACCCCUCGGGUCUCACAGGAGAAGUCCUGAUCGACGGGGCUCCUCAGCCCCCCAACUUCAAGUGUCUGUCUGGAUACGUGGUGCAGGACGACGUGGUGAUGGGAACGCUGACGGUCCGAGAGAACCUGCGCUUCUCAGCGGCGCUGCGUCUGCCGUCCUCCAUCAAAGACAAGGAGAAGGACAAGAUGGUGGAGAGAGUGAUCCAGGAGCUGGGCCUGGGACGAGUGGCCGACUCCAAGGUGGGCACUCAGCUGAUUCGCGGCAUCUCUGGAGGCGAGAGGAAGAGGACGAACAUCGGCAUGGAGCUGAUCAUCGACCCGCCCGUCCUCUUCCUGGACGAACCCACCACGGGCCUCGAUGCCAGCACCGCCAACUCCGUGCUGCUGCUGCUCAAGAGGAUGGGCAACAACGGACGCAACAUCAUCCUCUCCAUCCAUCAGCCGCGCUACACCAUCUACCGGCUCUUCGACAGCCUGACUCUGCUGGUCAACGGCAAACAGGUGUAUCACGGGCCAGCUCGCAGCGCCCUGGACUACUUCUCAGACAUGGGAUUCACCUGUGAGGCCCACAACAACCCUGCUGACUUCUUCCUGGACGUCAUCAACGGAGACUCCACCGCAGUUGCCCUUAGCAACACAGACUCAGAAGAUGCAGAUCAAGAUCUACGCCCAGAUCCAGAUUCAGUGUCCGUUUCCAGAAAAGGAAUUGAGGACAAACUGGUGGAGGAGUACAGAAGCAGCCAGCAGUUCAAACAGACCAAAGCAGAACUGGACAGGAUAGUCCAGGGGAAGCAGAUGACGACCGUUUCUCGCUCCAGAACCAUCACCUACAACACCGGCUUCCUGACCCAGUUCAAAUGGGUUCUCAGGAGAACGUUCCGCAACCUCGCACUCAACCCUCAGACCUCCGUCGCCCAGGUGGGCGUGACGCUCUUCCUCGCCCUGAUCGUUGGAGCUCUUUUCUUCGACGUCAAAGAAGAUCAGAGUGGAAUUCAGAACCGGGCUGGAGCUUUGUUCUUCAUCGUUACAAAUCAGUGUUUCAGCUCGCUGUCGGCGGCUGAGCUCUUCAUCACAGAGAGGAAGCUCUUCACUCAUGAAUACAUCAGCGGUUAUUACAGAGUGUCCGUCUACUUCCUGUCCAAGAUCCUAUCGGACAUCCUGGUGAUGAGGACCAUCCCCGCCAUCGUCUUCAGCUGCGUCGCCUACUUCAUGAUCGGCCUGAAGCCCACGGUGGAGGCCUUCUUCACCUUCUUGUUCUCCGUCGCCAUGGUCGCCUACACCGCCACUUCCAUGGCGAUGGCCAUCUCCGCUGACCAGACCGUGGUGGCCAUCGCCAACAUCUUCAUGACCAUCGCCUGCGUCUUCAUGAUGAUCUUUGCAGGUUUGCUGGUGAAUCUUCCCUCCAUCGUCAGUUGGCUGGCCUGGCUGAAAUACCUCAGCAUUCCCAGAUACGGCUACAGCGCUCUGCAGGGAAACGAGUUCACCGGCCUGAACUUCUGUCAGGGUUUGAACAGCUCCAACGCUCCUGCAGGACUCGCCUGCACGGGGGAGGAGUUCCUGGACCAGCAGGGGGUCCUGUACGACCCCUGGGGGCUCUGGCAGAACCACCUGGCUCUGGGCAUCAUGACCAUCAUCUUCCUCACCAUCGCGUACCUGAAGCUGCGCUUCAUCCGGAAGUUCACUUAGCUCUUCCUCCUGCUGUCGUCUCCAUCGAUAAAGUUGGAUUUGUUGUUUAUUUACUGUUUGGUGUUGAGAUAAACAGAACAGACGCUGAUUUUUGUUUUCACUCCUUAUGAACACUGUAACCUUAAACUGUAUUCUGAUUUUUGCACUUUAAACCAUAAAGCCAAAGAAAUGCGUCAUCAUUUUGUAUUUAUAAAUUUUUACAAAAUAAAGCGGAAUUUACUUUC